GCAAAAUAAGUUUAAGGGCAUGAACCCCCCUUGGUGACAACUUUAGGUCCGCAGUUUCCGGUUUCUAUAGCUCCGACGCUUUGCAUCCCAUUCCGCUUGGAAAUUCACCAGCGUAGCUUUUUCUGUUCUACGUAUAAACUUAUCUGUGCUUUUUUGCCCCUUUUCACCAGUGUUUUUGCCCCUUUUCCCAAAAAAUAACGCCAACGUUUUGUUUGUCGGUCGAAGAUCAUUCCCAGCUUGGAUAUGGCGACGGAUAAAGCUCCCGAAGGACAAAGGAAACGGGCUUUAGAGGCGUUAGAACGGAGGUUUGCUCAAGCGGAAGCCGACGGUCGCCGUCAACAGGAUCUCCAGACCAAGAAGCGAAGAACUAAUACCAGCACCACUCCUCAUGUAAAUCAAUCUCCUUCUAAGAUUGAUGAUGAACCACUUUCCUCCCAUCCGUUGAUUUCGAAUGCAACACCUAAGAAAGGCAAGGUUUCAUUUUCAGGUCAUUCCUCAUCACAAGAUGUAGAACUACAGCACCCGGCAUACCUUCAACUCUCUCAUGCUGUUGAUGGGAAUCUUCUGUCAACUGUCGGAGAGGUUGCUAAUGGUAGAAGUACUGUUGAUUAUGUACUGCAUGAGCUUCUUCAACAUGGUGAUUCAGCACAGAAGUAUUUGCAGGGUUCCAAAAGUGUUAAAGUAGACAACUAUAUUCUUCUAGAUAAUGUUGUCCAAAAAAGUAGCAUGUCUAACAAUGCUUCCUUACGGGCUUUAAAGAAGCUGUCAAAACGGUCCAAAAGCCGCAUGUCACUAAAGCAACAUAAAAAAUGUAAAUCAUUCGAUUUGCCUCCAGAGUUUCAUAAGACAAAUCAAUUGGCACAAUAUCUCCUAAAUGCAGACUUGCAUGGCGCACUUAUUCUAGUUGCUGCUUGCAAGCUAGAUGGGUAUACUGGACUGCGUGGUAUCAUGAUCCGUGAAACUGUAGAAACAUUUGGAAUAAUUACAGAAGACAAUAUAUUCAAAGUCGUGCCCAAGAAACUCUCUGUUUUUAUGCUACAAGUGGAUUCCUGGAAGGUUACCAUACUUGGCGACAAACUCGCUUCAAGAAACAUGAUGCAAUGAUUUUAUUAUUAAAACCUGUCAGCAUUUACAUGCAAAACAGAGAUCUGGAAAAGCUAAACUUGGUAAGAGCUAUUCAGUUUAUAUGUAAGAUAAAGCAGAGCCCAUUUGGUAAGAGGUAUUCAGUUUAUAUGUAAUACACGUGUUUUAUUUUGCUGAAUUUUCUGAAAAUAAGGAGUCGUCUCUAAAAUCCAUUAUGUUCAUGAGUAGAAUUAUCGGAAUAAAUGACUUUUGCUACCAAACAGUUGGGGUAGAUGCAAUCCCGGAUCUGGAACCGGACGUGGACUGGUAAAUUAUUUUGCCCAAAAGUGGUAUGUUUAUAUGGUUGUAACCUGGAACUAGUAGUAGGAACCGAUCCAAACACGGUUCCUUCAAAAUUUGACUGUACCGGUGCUGGUACUGUUUUUUAUUUCCUGAGAAGGAUAAGGCACCAAACUGGAAUUGGAUCAGAUACAUCUGGUUAUGGUUCCACCCUUUCCAUGACCCGGAACUGGACUGAGAUUUACCCCUACCGAACAGGCUCCAUGUUUCAACUAAAAAUGAGCAAAAGGGUCAUGAUGUAUAUGUAUAUAUAGACUGAUUUACGAUCAAAUGAGAACAAUGUUUAACGUGAGAACAGUGUGAACAAUACUAUUAACUCAAUGUGAUGUACUAUGAAGUUCGUAUGUUGCACUUUUUCACAUUGGCAGAAUAUUUAUGAAACUGACACCACGUUUUUUUGAUAUUGGCAUGUUUUGAUCAAAGUGAAAAAUGUGAAACGCAAGAACUUCAUAGUGCGUUAGAUUGGGCUAAAGGUUAUACAAAACCAAAAAGCAUGGCAAUAUAGCUCUUGAAUCCAAAAUCAUUAGCUUCUCAGAACCAUCCAUAUACUCCACAGAAUCAAAACUUUCAAUUUCUUCUUCCGUGCUUACUCUAAUAUUUCUAUUAUUGCAGCAAAGAGCAACGCGGCCCGCAAUAACUCUGCACACCACAAUGGCCACCCUGGUGUUUUCACGGCUGCAUUUCUCAACUCUUCUAUGCGCUCUCCAACUAGUCUUAGAAAGCGUUAUCGACAACCUCUCCAUUGUCGCUACAUCAUCACUUGUAUAAUUACGGCCUGUGAUGAUUCUACAAACCCCACAGCUCCUCCUCUUACAGGUCUUCGAGAAUUGAUCUAACCCUAAUGAGCAAGUAAUGGCAGCCCCUCUGAAUCUCAAAACCUCAUGCCCAUCGCCUCCCACUCCACUCUCCGUUCUCUUUGACUUCACCAUCGUUCUAUACUCUUCAAACCUCUUGUAAACUUCUUCACUUGGAUUCACUCUAAAAACCUUUUGGAUUUUGUACCCAACACCAUUCUUCCACCCUGCCCGAAAAACUGCCUCCACAACGCUCAAUGUGGGAUCUCCUCCGGUGAGCUCUUCUAAUAGUUGAAUUUCUUUCUUCCUUGGAAAAGAAAGAACCCUUUUAGUAUGUGAAUCUAAACUCUCUUGGGGUUUAGGGUUCUGAUUGUUCUUUGGAGGAGGAGGCUUGUGCAUUUCUCUUUUAGGAGAAACGACACUUGGCUUUGGCUUUGGUUUGAAACAUCUAAUGGUUGAACUCGGGUGACAAACUAGCAGUGCUAAAGAAGUCAUGAUUAGACAUUUUUCCGACAUUGCUACUCCCUCUACAUUUGGAUCGAAGGCUAGUUAUGACGAAUGUGUAUGUGCAACAAUAAUAAUAUAUACAUGUGGAUAAAGUGUGAUCAGGAUCUAAUGUAAUCAAAGGUAAUAUAUGUAUUCAUUAAUGCAAAAAUUAGAGAUUUCAAAUUUUAAAAAAGUAUAAAAAUAAUUUGUGAUACUACAUGGUACAUAUUCCAGAUACUCCCCGC